AUGGCAGCUCUCGCAGCUGCACGCCUGACUCGCCCAUCUGCCCUGCAUGCUCUCGCUCCGUUGAGACUGGCAUCGUGCUCGUCCUUGAUCGCACGCACAGGCCCCAGCACCGCUCUCAACCACCGCCUUGACGGCAGCCACCGCCGUCGCCUCCACCAAGCAGCACCGCUCGCGCACGAGAACCCCCUGGGUAUUCCUCGCCGUGAGGCCAACCCGGCGCCCAAGCUGCCCCGUCGCGGCGGCCCGCCCCCGCGCAGCCGGAUCCGCGGCGUCAAGAACAUCAUCGUCGUCGCAAGUGGCAAGGGCGGAGUUGGCAAGAGCACCGUUGCCGCCAACCUGGCGCUUGCGCUGGCCAAGACCAGUCCGCUCGGCCGUGCACCCCGCGUCGGUCUCCUCGACCUCGACAUUUUCGGCCCCAGUGUUCCCAUGCUCAUGGGCUUGGAUCAUGCGGGCGAGCCAGCAAUGAACGAACAGAACAAGCUCCUCCCGCUGCAGAACCACGGAAUCAAGACCAUGUCCAUCGGUUACCUCCUUCCGCCUGACCCCAACACUCCUGUUGUGUGGCGUGGUCUCAUGGUCCAAAAGGCUGUCCAGCAGCUCCUGUUCGAUGUCGACUGGACGGACGGCCAAGGCGACCUGGACGUUCUCGUCAUUGACAUGCCGCCAGGAACCGGUGACGUUCAGCUCAGUCUUGGACAGCUGGUGGUGGUCGACGGCGCGGUCAUCGUCUCGACACCGCAGGACAUUGCACUCAUUGACGCGCGCAAGGGUGUGGCCAUGUUCCAGAAGGUCAAUGUGCCCAUUACCGGCUUGCUGCUCAACAUGUCCCACUACACCUGCUCGUCCUGCUCAGUGCCGCACGAGCUCUUUGGUAGCGCCGACAAGUUUACCAAGGCAGCCAACGAGCUCGGCCUCGAGGUUCUCGGCAAUGUGCCUCUUGUGACCUCCGUGAGCGACGGCGGUGAUGCUGGACGGCCCGUCAUGACCCAGUCUUCGCCCGAGGGCGACGAGGUGCGUUCUACUAUGCGCAGUGUGGCAGAGCGCGUGUGGGACUGGCUGGCGUCUCGUCCCAGGGAGAACGUCGGUGUCCGCGGGUAG